AACAAAUUCUAAUUUAAAUCACUACUCUAAUUUUCUAUAAUGUUGCUGCAGCUAUCUGUGCUUGCGCUUGUCUUACUAUCCCCUGUUUGGGCUGAUAAUUUCUACCAAGACGCGACGGUCACAUUUGGUGACCAGCGCGCUCAGAUACAAGAUGGAGGGCGCCUUCUCGCCUUGUCCCUUGACAAAAUUUCAGGUUCUGGAUUUCAGUCUAAGAAUGAGUAUUUAUUCGGAAGGUUCGAUAUGCAGCUCAAACUCGUACCUGGAAAUUCUGCUGGUACUGUCACCACAUUCUACUUGUCUUCUCAAGGAGCAGGGCACGAUGAAAUUGAUUUUGAGUUUCUAGGAAAUUCAUCAGGACAACCUUACACGGUUCAUACCAAUGUUUACUCUCAAGGAAAAGGCAAUAAAGAACAACAAUUCCGCCUCUGGUUUGAUCCAACUUCGUCGUUCCACACUUACUCUAUUGUUUGGAACUCUCAACGCAUCAUAUUUUUGGUGGAUAAUAUCCCAAUAAGAGUGUUCAACAACCACGAAGCACUUGGUGUUGCAUUCCCGAAGAAUCAAGCAAUGAGAGUUUACGCGAGUUUAUGGAAUGCUGAUGACUGGGCAACACAAGGAGGACGGGUGAAGACGGACUGGUCUAUGGCUCCGUUUACAGCUUCUUACAGGAAUUUCAAUACAAAUGCUUGUGUUUGGUCAGCUGCUACAUCUACUUCAUCUUGUGGAGGUUCUAAGACUGAGUCAGUAAACAAUGAUCAGACAUGGCAAACUCAGCAACUGAAUGCUAAUGGCAGAAAUAGGCUACGAUGGGUUCAGCAGAAGUACAUGAUCUACAAUUACUGUGCAGAUGCUAAUAGGUUCUCUCAAGGCUUUUCUCCUGAAUGCAAGCGUUCAAGGUUCUAAGGAUAUAGUCUAUGAAUGUAAAAUUAUGUUUGUUUCACUUUUCUAUUCUUUAAUUUUGGUCUGGGAUAUCAGGGGAAAGAAGAACAUAGUGUAAUUAUUUGUGUGCAAUAUAUUCUUUAUUCUUUUUGUAAUCAUGAAAUAGAAAUAAUAAUGAAUCGUUUU